CUGGCCUUUUGGCUUAGAUCAAGUGUAGUAUCUGUUCUUAAUAGUUUAACCACUAUUAUGAGGGCACCGCCCUCAUUCUUUGGUUAUCAAAUUUUUGCCGCCCUUGUUCUCACGAGCUCUGCUUGCAACUCGAGGGACAUGAUGACCUUGCCACUGCACUACCAGCUUGUGUCGUCGGGGGUUCCUUUUUUAAGGAGUUCUUUGUCUCUUUGCUCCGUCGGUUACUUUGUGGUCUUUUGACUACCUAUGGCCCUUAGCAAACAGAUCAUAGACUUAUGUUCCAAUAAAUGCAGUCGGCUCUCCAAAUUAACGGAUCAUUGUGGUGCCAU